AUGACGGGUUCUGGUAUAGAUGACUCGACAUACUGCCUUCAACCCAACUGCGGCUUCAUCAAACCCAACAGCGAGGUCAAGAUUCAAGUCCAUCUCCGACCGACGCGCCCCCCAUGGAAGUACCUUGACCGCGAAAGAACCAUCCUAGGCAAGAUCUUCCUCCAUUACUCCGAUCUUGACGGCUUCGAUCGAGGCAAGAAAACCGCGAAGUCAUUGUGGCCGAUCAUUAGGUCUAUACCAGGGAGCCGCAUUCAGUGGAAGGAGAUCCGUGUCGUAUCACCUGCCAGCGCCGAGAAGUCGACUCAGACCGAGUGCGAAAACCCUCUACCUACUCCCACCGAGAAGCCCACGCCGGCCGAGGAUGAUCGGCCUGUCUCCCAGGCCACUGCUCCCGAGAUCACGAUGAAGCGAGCAGGCAGUCUCCGACGAUUCCUCGAAAAUAACGGGCGUGACAUCAACGAGAGCACGCGGACAAAUGAUGUUGCGCGGGAGGAGACUAGCAAGAAGCUCCAGGAGCUCAAUGAAACAGGAGUCGAACUUGAGAAGGACAGACUUGCACUCGAAGCACACAGCCGGUUGCGAGCCGUGAAGGAGGUCGAGGCUGCUCUUCAGGAAAAUCGCAGAGAAAUCAAGGAGCUUGAGGUCCUGGAUCUUGAACUUGUGCAAGACAGACGAUCACUUCGGGGAGCCAGUGCGCUAUUCGAAUUGUUUGCAGUCGAAUAUCUGGAACAGGAGGGCGUGCAUGUCAGAUGGAGUACGCUGAAGGACCUGGCAGAUGAGUCAGAGCAAGCUGGCCCCACGGAUGAGAUCGAUCUAGCUAUCGACGACGCUAAGCAGGAUGGUCAGCAAUUGCAGAUUAAGGUAGAGGAGGACGAGGACGUAGUGGCAGCCCAGCGACAUCAAGAUGAGGAGAACGACCAUUCUACCCGGGCUCACGAGUCGCCUAACGAGCCGCCAGCAAAGAGGUUCAAAUCAGCCCACACCAUAUCCACGGGACAGACACUGCAGCCUCCUGCACAACAUGCACCUGUACGUCGAUCGAGUCCGGCAGAUGAUGCGAGACUACAGCCUUCGUUGGCCACCAACCAAAAGGUCUGGCUCAAAUUACAUUUCACUCCUGGUACGCCACAUGCGCAAGCCCGCAGCGUCACCGCCGAGCAAGUCGCAAGCGUGAUGAAGCACGUUUUCUUCAUGUUCAAUGACGUCGACGAUCGAGAGGACUUCCGAGCAGGAGUCAAACGCCUAUUCGAAAAUGGCUCGACACCGCCACCAGGAGACUACGCGAAGGGCUGGACGCCAGAAGAGUUCAAGGGAGAUGUCGCCAAGCAUUGCAGACGCCGCCCAGACCGUGAUUGGUGCUUCUUCGGCGUUCUAGCGGGAUUUUCACGCGACCUAGACCGAGGCCGCCCCCAUGGUAACGAUUGCCCGUACUGCAAGAAGAAGAAGCACCGCAAGUGUUACAAUGUUGAGAUCGUUGAUGGUGCGCGUGACCCUGAUCACAAAGACGCGCCCACGAGACGUCUGUUGGCAGCACGAGCAGAGAUGGAUGCGGAUCUGAGAGAGUUGACCGGUGCAAUUUUGGACGGCACGGCGAAUGCAGCACAGCAGAAAGAGUAUAGCAAGCUCAUCGCCGUGGAGAAGAAGUCGAGAGCAGAUGCUAGAACCAAAGGUGAGGAUGUCUGGUGGAUUGUGAGGAGGAAGACACAGGUCAGCAGCACAAGCGCUUAG